UCUAAACAUCCAACUUUCUUUCUCACGCCUUCAUUUAACUUAAACUUCAAACUACCUCGUCGCGUGCGAGUGACUCCGUGCCUUUUGUCUUCAUGUUUCAGCUAAAAUCAAAAACUCCCAAACUGAAUGGUUGUACUCUGUACUUCCUGGUUGUCUGCUACUCCUAUUGUCGGGAUAGCAAGCUACUACUGUGUUUGUCAUGACGUACAAAUUGAGCAUGGCAGUGUUUGACAACUGCACUGUGCUUUUCGAGCUGAAAAACUUGUCGUUCAAGGCGAAGAGGAGUGUGACGUCACUGGUGACCGAAAACGGAGGAAAACUUUGCUUUGUGGUCAACAAGCAAUGCUCCUUCGUGGUCGUCAGCGACGUGUCCCACCUGAGCACCAACAGGCUGCGGAGCAUCCAGAAGUACCAAACGCCAGUGGUGGGUGUGGAAUAUGUACACACCUGUCUGAGAAGAGGCGUCCUCCUGCUUAUCGAGGACUACAAGCUGGAUACUUCCUCGCCUUCAUCUCCCUCGCUUCCUCAUACCUUGCCUGUUCAAGGAUUCAACCAUCAAGCGCUUGCAGCCGACAGAGCGGUUGCCGAGCUCUCGGUGGAUGAAAGCUUGCCCCCGGAGAAGAGUGGAGACAUCCUGGGCAAGUUCAGGAUUUACACGGAGUGGGACGAAGACAUUCCCGCAUAUCCGGAUGACUUCAGCGUGGCCAAGUAUUCCAUCUUUCAAAAGAAUGGCAGCAGCGCCUGCUGUGUGCUGGAGCUGCAGAGCGCCAAAGGAGAGAAAGGGCAGCAGUACCGCGUGGUGCGGUACCGUAAGGGAGAUGUGGGGGCCAACGAAACGGUGGAGAGGGACAUGGUGGUGUUCCCGCCCACUUCAGAGGAGGCUGUGGAGGUCUACAGGACCCUGACAGAGUCUCUGCCCGCUUCCGGUCUUCAGCCGAGGAUCGACAUGCCCCAACAGGCCCGAGACCUGGGCUCAGCCCCCCUGCGACAGCUGCUGCUGGAGGAGAAACUGAGCGCAGGAGUCUUGUCACACGAUGUGGGCGUCUUUGUGGAGCUGCUCUGGACCGAGGCCCUGGGUUGCCUUGGCAACAUCCUCCAAGUCCCUGUCAACAAACUCAGCCUCAAUGACGUGAGCAGAGCAGAGGGCUUGUUGAUUCAAGCUCAGAGAAACCUGCUGGAGGGGCAGCACAUGGAAGUGGCCCGACUUCUGUUUGAAGUGUACACCCUGCUGCCACACAGGAUGCCCACCAUGACCCUCAACACCAAGCUUUUUUCUCAGAAGCUGGACCUGUGUCAGUUAAUCCGAGACAUCCUGAACGUGAGCGAGAUGACCCUGAGGAGCCCCACCCCUUCCAGCGUGGGAAAGUUCCGCGCCCUGCGUUGCAGCAUCGAAGCGGUGGACCACGGCGGCCCAGAGUCUCGCGCUGUGGCGUCUCUGCUGCGGGACAGCGCCGUGCAGAUACAUCAGGUGCUGCGAGUCAGCAGAGCCGUGGAGCUUCAGACUUUUAAAGGCCAGCUCGGCAACAUCAAGUCCCUCCUCCACUCCUCCAGUGCCAGUAACUUUGUCGGAAUUCUGUCAAGGGGUCUGCUGCUGCCUUAUGUUGGAGUGGAGCACCACGGCAUUGACAGAACAGACGCUGGCAGCCUUGGAAGUGGUAUCUACUUCAGCGAUAGCAUGAGCACUUGUCUCAAGUACGCCAAGCCCAGCGCCACAGACGGCUCUCGGCUGCUCAUGGUGUGCGACGUGGCCCUGGGGGAUUGCAUGGAGCUCCACCGGAAAGACCCCACACUGACUCGGGCCCCCGAGGGACACGACAGUGUGCGUGCCGUCCGCCGCACUUCCUUCAUUCAGUCAGAGUUUGAGGAUGAUGAGUACGUGGUGUACAGGCCUGAGCAGGUCCAGCUGAGAUAUGUGGUACGCUUCAGCGUGGAUGGAGACCAAGUGAAGGGGUUCAGUCCCGCUAUCGACACGUCGACUGAGACUCGCCUGCUCCCGACUGUCUCAGAGGUGCUUGGUUCUAAUGUUGGGAUAGAAGGCAUGCGGAACCCACUGGAGGAUGUGACUGCAGGACUGCUGGACAGCUCGGGGCAGCAGCUCCCCCUGCAGGCCGUCCAUGUGAAGUGCAAAUUGGUGGAUCUGCUCUCCCAGGUGAUUAUCUUCCAAAAGUACACCAAUCACAGCACGGCGCCCAUUGAGGCAAAGUAUGUCUUCCCGUUGGAGGACUCGGCAGCAGUGUGUGCCUUUGAAGCCUUCAUCAAUGGGAAGCAUGUGGUGGCACAGGUGAAGGAGAAAGAGCAGGCUCGCAGGGAGUACAAGCAGGCCAUCGAGAAGGGUCACGGAGCCUACCUCAUGGACCAGGACGCUCCUGACGUCUUCACCAUCAGUGUAGGAAACCUGCCGGCGGGUGCCACCGUGCUCAUUAAAGUGACCUUUGUGUCCGAGCUCAUCGUCAAGGACGGCGCCGUGCUCUUCUCCCUGCCCGGGAGUGUUGCGCCGUGGCGGGAAAGUGCAGCGCUCAAUCAGACCACACAGGUGACUGUGGACAAAGUGUGUGUAACUGAUGAAUCAGCAAGUACAAGGGAGUUCAGCCUGGACAUGUCCAUUGAGAUGCCUAAUGAGAUUGGCAGCCUGUCUUGCAUCACGCACAAAGUCAAGAUGAAGAGGACCGACUGCAGGGCGGUGGUGAGCGUGCUGCCGGGGCAAGUCAUGGGUCCGGAUGGCUUCCAGCUGUCAAUCACUCUGUCUGAGGUUCAUCUGCCCAGGAUGUGGGUGGAAAAACACCCUGACAAGGACAGCCAGGCUUGCAUGCUAGUUUUCUACCCAAACUUUGAUGUCAAACCCAGCUCCAGAUCUGAUGAAGUUGUCAUUUUGCUGGACACGUCCGAAUCCAUGCGGGGAGAACCCUUACGCUGGUCCCGGGUGAUCGCCCUGCACAUCAUCAAAACCCUCCAGCUUAACUUCAAAGUCAACAUCGUCUUGUUUAACACCGAUUACACGCAAGCUUUCGUGACAGCACUGCCGCUCCACGAAGCUCGACAGGCAGCAGAGGAGUUCAUCCAUGCUGUCUUGCCAGUGGGGGGCAGCACUGAGCUUUGGCGGCCCCUGCGAGCGCUCAGCCUGCUGCCUCCGUCGCGCGGCAUCCGCAACCUGCUCCUGCUGUCUGACGGCCACCUCCAAGAUGCGCAGGUCACCUUGCAGCUGCUCAGGGACAACGUGCAACACAGCCGCCUCUUCACGUGCGGCCUCAGCCCGACAGCCAAUCAGCACAUGCUGAGAGCCCUGGCUCAGGCCGGGGGCGGAGCCUAUGAAUAUUUUGACACCAAAAGCAAGCACAAGUGGACGGAGAAGGUGGCGUGCCAGUUGCGGCGCAUGGCGUCUCCUGGCUGCAGGUCCGUGUCGGUGAAGUGGCAUCAGUUCAGCUUGUCGGCGCCCCCUCCUGUGCAAGCUCCCAAACAGCUCCACGCACUCUUCAACGACUGCCACACGCUGGUCUAUGGCUUUGUGCCGCACUGCACACAGGCCACCCUGCUGGGCGAGCUGAGCGGCCAGGAGCUGAGAACCGUGGUGUCAACUAGCGAACUGCAGACGACCAGUGGCACGUUUCUUCACAAGCUGACAGCGAGGGCUCUCAUCAGAGACUACGAGGACGGCAGCUUGGAUUGCAACCAAGUCGAACAUGAGGGGAAGAAAACCCAGCUGAAAUCUUUCAUCGUUGACUUAAGCAAGGAGUACUCCAUUCUGUCUCAGUUCACCAGCUUUGUGGCCGUUGAAGAAAGGGAACCGGGUCAAGCAGAGAAGGCCUUCACAGACAUCCCCAAGUUGUUGGCCGAAGAAGACGUGGACUUUCUGCCCUACAUCAGCUGGACGUCUCAUCAGAGCAGCGUGGAAGAGGAAGAAAAGGAUAGCGACGGUUCACAGUCUGGAUCAGACGCUCUCGUUUGCGAGUUGUCUCCCCAGUAUGAACCCACGAGCCCCUCUUCUUCUCUGUCAUCCCCACAAAUGUCGCCAGUCUAUUCACUGACGGCUCGUAGGAGGUUGAAGAGGGCUGCGAUGGAGAGAGAGGCAGCUGUUGUGAUGAUGGAUGCGGAGUCCAGCGGGACAGAGACGGAGGAGGAGGAGGGCGAGGAAGCCGCUGUCCUGAUGAAGCAGGCGGAGUUCAUCGAGAUGGAGGAGGAGGCCGCCGUCCCGAUGGAGUACAUGGAGUCCAGGGAGACGGAGGAGGCCCCCGUCCUGACGAAGGAUGCAGAGUCCAAAGCGACGGAGGAGGAUGAGGAGGAUGCCAUAAUGGGCUUUGGAUUGUUUGACGACGAAGUAGCCCUCCCUGAAGCUUCAUUUUCCAGCGGAAGAACCAGGCACAGUAGCCUUGGUGGAUCAUUUGAUCUUGCUUCUCAUCCUCUUCCUCCUCCUGGAACCACAGAUCCAAAUGCAAAAAUAUUUCCUAAAUGUUUUGGCUUACCAAGUGCAAGUAUCCAGCAUGAUGGGUCAUCGGAUGCCUCUCCUCUUCUGCGUGGAACUCAAGAAGCUAACCAGUUUCAAUUCGGUAUGCCCCCUAAACCCCAACCCAUCCACCCAUCCCGUGACUCUCCUCCACUGCCUCCUCCUCUUCUUUGCGGAGUCCAUUCAUCCUCAGAUGCUCUUUCAGGACCUCCUCUGGCUCCUUUUCGUCGUAAAGCCAGACAUCCAAAUGUUAACCGACUUCAAUUUGGCAUACCACCUGUCCAUCCGUCCUUUGAUGCUCCUCCACUUCCUCCUCCUCCUCCUCCUCCUCCUCCUCCUCCUGGAGCCACAGAUCCAAAUGUCAAGGAAUUACUUUUAAAUCUCGGAUCAGUUCCGCCCCCUCCGCUGCCACUUGGCCAUGGAACCCUGCAAGGUCUGUCUGUGACUCCCGACUGUUAUGAAAAAGCAAAAGAAACCAGCAUCCAGCACAGUCAGUGGGCUCCUCCAUGUGUGGAAGUCAUGGAAGCAAAUGUAAAGCUCCAACAGCAGCAAGUGGGAAAAGUUGAAGAGACGUAUGAGUGGUUUGGUGGCUUUCUUGUCGGACAAGCAUCGGCCGGUGUAUCGACUCCGAUGACUGGCGCACUUUUUGGAAGCAAAGCACCUUCAAGCCAAGGUUUUGGUUUUGGUUUUGGGGGUUCUUAUAAUGUGUUGUACAGUGCACCAUUCACAUGUAGUUCACAAGCAGGACUUGCUCAGCAGCUCAGCAGCCAAAAAAGCCAGUCUCAGUUCCAGUCUUCAGACCAAUCUGCUGAAAACGAGUCAUCGGCAGGUUUUUCUUUUGGGGGCCGAACUGCGAUCAAAUCCCCACCCUUUUUGUGGAGAACAGCGGCCGGCUCUGCAACGUCUGUGCCAAGACCCGGAGCUGUCCUCAGUCAGAUGCCGUGGAAAGGGGUGUCAGCAGGUGGCCAGAAUCUGUUGAAAUGGACAAAGAUCUUCGAGAUGCAGAUUUCAGACGGCUACUGGGAGCUGACCGCAGAGCUGGGCAGGUGCAUUGACGUCGACCUCGACGUCCUUGCCAAUGAGUUCCUCACAAGCAAAGGCAUCCGCUCUCUCGGCGUGAAAGCCCACGCUGACAUCCUGAGGCUGCUGGCGACUCUUGUGGUCCUGCAGCUGAUGAGGUUGGAGAAGCUGCCGGAAGGCCAGCUGCUGCGUACGCUGUUCGCUUUCGAGGAACCUCCGAUCAGCAGGCCGGCCCGCUGGCAGAUCGUCAAGAAUGCGGUGGACUGGGUCCGCUGGGCCGACCGCCAGUACCCCUGCGUCUGCAGCCGGCUUGAGAUGGGUUCGACCUGGGAGUCCGUCACCCGCCAGCUCCUGGGCUACGAGGUCUUGCCCGCCUUGUCGCCUCUUGCUGGCCUGAACCUGAGGAGGAACACGUCCGCCGCAUGUCCCCCUGUGGUCGUCCAGUGAGGACACCCGGCAGCAUGGCAGGAAAGAAGGACGGGUCGCAACAUUAGGUACACAAGCUGAAGCGAUUCCACACGACAGUAUUUAUAUACUUUUUGGUAUUCAGUGUUCCCUGGUUUAUCGCGGGGGAUAGGUUCCCAAAAUAACCUGCAGUAAGUGAAAUCCGCAAAGUAGCCAACUUUAUUUUUUUUUCAAUGAUUCUACAUGUUUUAAGGCUGUAAAACACCUCACCAUACACUUGAUACACUUUUCUCAGACAGACAUGAACAUUUUCCUGCAUUUCUCUCUUGUUUAAACACUCUCAAAGUCCAAACCUUUGUUUGAAUUUUAAUGAUCAACCUACUAGGUUGGACACAAGAAAUUAUUAAUAGUGACUCACACGUAUUUCACUCUUCUGGUCGUGCCUCUUCAUCAUCCUGGCGCCGUUCUGCUCUACUGUAGCGUUUUUGUAUUAUUGUCAAAACAUAUUGUUCCUCUCGUCGUACUUUCCUCCUUCCUUCCUCCUUUCAUAAUAGCACCCUGCAGCCGCAACUGCUUCCUCUUCUGCCUUUUGGGUCCGACCGCAGGUACCUUUGACGGUGCAGAACAUUUUGGAAACAGCAAGUCGGCGAAAGGUGAACCGUGAUGUAGCGAGGGAACACUGCAGUACUGAAUCUCGUUGGGUCGGCGCUUCUCAGCUGAAAUUUUUGAAGUCACGUUUCUCACAAUGUUUUUUUCCAUGUCCUUCCCCUCCCGCUCAAGCUUGACAUAUAUAUAUAUAUAUAUAUAUAUAUAUAUAUAUAUAUAUAUAUAUAUAUAUAUAUGUGUGUGUGUGUGUGUGUGUGUGUAUAUAUACACUGCUCAAAAUAAUUAAAGGAACCUGGACCAGGGCAUCACUGCGGUACCUGGACGCAUGGAGGAGAUUCCAGGAGACAGGUAGUUACUCCAGGAGAGCUGGACAGGGCCAUAGAAGGUCCUUCAACCCUCAGCAGGAUCGGUAUCUGCUCCUUUGUGCAAGGAGGAACAGGAUGAGCACUGCCAGAGCCCUACAAAAUGACCUCCAGCAGGCCACUGGUGUGAAUGUUUCUGACCACCAAUCAGAAACAGGCUCCAUGAGGGUGGCCUGAGGGCCCGACAUCCUGUAGUGGGCGCUGUGCUCACUGCCCAGCACCGUAAAGCUCGAUUGGCAUUUGCCAUAGACCACCAGAAUUGGCAACUACACCACUGGUGCCCUGUGCUCUUCACUGAUGAGAGCAAGUUCAACCUGAGCACAUGUGACAGACGUGAAAGGGUCUGGAGAUGCCGUGGAGAACGUUAUGCUGCCCGCAACAUCAUUCAGCAUGACCGCUUUGGUGGUGGGUCAGUGAUGGUCUGGGGAGGCAUAUCCCUGGAAGGACACACAGACCUCUACAGGUUAGAUAACGGCACCCUGACUGCUAUUAGGUAUCUGGAUGAAAUCCUUGGACCCAUUGUCAGAACCUACGCUGGUGCAGUGGGACCUGGGUUCCUCCUGGUCCACGACAAUGCCCGACCUCAUGUGGCUAGUGUAUGCAGGUAGUUCCUGGAGGAUGUCCAGGAGCUCAUUGAUGCCCUGGUCCAGAUCUGGGAGGAGAUCCCCCAGGACACCAUCCGUAGUCUCAUUAGGAGCAUGCCCCGACGUUGUCAGGCAUGCGUACAAGCACGUGGGGGCCACACAAACUACUGAGAAUCAUUUUGAGUUGCUACCAUGACAUUUUAGCAAAAUGGACCAGUGUGCUGCAUCAUUUUUUCACUUUCAUUUUUGGGGUGUCUUUGAUUUCCCCCUCUAUAGGGUGAUCAUUUUCAUUUCUAUCAAAUGAUGUGGCAUCAUUUUGUUACUAAUACAUCACCCACUUAUUAUCAGGAAACAUAUUCAAGAUCAUUUUCCCCCAGUUUAGAUCUGAUGUGUUUUCCAAGCGUUCCUUUCAUUUUUUUAAGCAGUAUAUAAAGAUGCCCUUUAAUAACUAACACACGGGUGUCCAAAGUGCAGCCCGCUGCGGUUUUUAUUGGCCCACGCCACAUUAUAAAUGUCUAAUUUAACAAGAAAACUUAAAAAAAAAAACCCACAACAACAACAAAAAUGGAAAAAGCAACAGUAAUUUUACAAGAAUAAAGUCAAAAUAUUAAGAGACAAAAGUUGGAGUAUAAUGAGAAAAGGUCAUAAUAUGAUGAGAAUAAAAUGACAUCAUUUUAGCAGCAAAAGGUUGCAAUAUUAAAGUCGUAAUAUUAUGAGAACCAAACAAAACAAUGAACUCAGUUGUAAUUUGUGGAAAAUUUGGUUGCAGAAAAAGAUGUAAUGUUGUAAUGUAAGAAGAAAGUCAAGGGGCAAUGGGCAAGGGCAAUGACGUAAUUACAAGAAUAACAUUUACAAAAGGAAAGUUUAAAUAGUUAAAUUAGUUGAAAUUUAAAAAAAAAGUGAAGUUAAAAAAACGACAACAGAAAUGUAAAAACAGCAGUAAUGUUUUCAGAAUAAAGUGAAAAUACUCAGAGAUGAAAGUCGCAAUUUUAUGACAAUAACUUGCAAUAUUAGGAGGGAAAAUGCCAUUUUAGUAGCAUAGAGUUGAAAUAUUAAAGAAAAAUGUUACUUUUUAAAAGUCAUGAUAUUAUGACAAACUAAAAAAGAAAAUAUAAAUUCAUUGUCAAAUUCAUGUCAGUCAUUUUUGGAAAAUUAGUUUGGGGAAAAAGUUAUAAUAUGGGAAUAAAGUCAAAAUAUGAGAAUGAAGUCAUAUUAUAAGAAGAAAAUGUAUGAAGAUUAUGAGGCAACAGCAGCAGGAAUGGGGGGGAAAAGAGCAAAGAGUGAAUUUGAUUGUAGUAAUUUGCUUUUUCACCGAUAUCACACCGCUGAGAUGCACUGUUUUCUUGAAAUGUAUCGAACUUCUUAGCAUAACUGCACAAAAUAGCAAAGCUGCAUCCUUUCAUUUUUCUCUGUGUGGCCCUUGUUGGAAAAAGUUAUUUGAAUGGGACGGUGACAGAUAGCCUGUAAUGCUAAAAUAUUUAGCUGGUUGAUAAUUGUACUACAAAUUAUCGUAGAGAAAUGAUAAUAUCGACUUUUUUUAGACCAUUUUUUCGUAAAUGUUUUCAUUAAUUUUUUAUUAAGUGUCAUGUCACAUUUGAACCCCUAGAUGGUGCUCAAGUAUAGUGUACUUUAGUACGUGUAGUGCAUGCGCCUGUACAGACUCAACCUGUCUCUGUUAAGAAACAAAAACAAAACACUCCAAUAAAACCUAGACACACACACACACACACACACACACACAGUUAUGUAGUGUAUUGUCCAAUCAAUGUAGCGGAUCAUGUUUGUGCUGGACCACCGCUGAGUUGUGGCGCAAUAUGCAAUGUUGCUGAUAUGCCCUUCAACAUGUCUUCUUUUACGCAGUUUUAUUGCUGUUUGUGACAUGUGCGUGUACGUUCUUCCAGGCAAUUUGUACUGUCUGUCAAACAUUUCCCCAAAUGUUGGCUUUUCAACCGUAUUGAAAGGUUGCAUUUCUUUUGCAAUGUAGCGAGCGACACUGUGAUUUUGCGCUGUUUUGUUUAAUAUUUGCUCCGCCCGUCAAACGCCUCAGUAAGCAUCGACUGUCUGGACGAAAGCUGUACUGCGCAUCCACACUGGAACCGUGGCAUUUGGCUUAGAAACUAUCGCUCUUGUGCCUUUAUUCGUAUUUGCGUCUGCUUGCUCAACGCUAACUGCUAGUACUCGGUGUAGCCAUUCACUACACAGGCCCCGCCUCCAUGUACUGGGACAAAGACGCUGAGUAGCCGACAGGAGGUUCACUCUCUCCGUUCAUGCCACUAUAGAACCAAUGUGCACGCACACAUGCAGAGAGAGAGAGAGGAGCCUCUUUGUUAAAGAUUCUCUUACGAUAUCAAAUACCAACGUAUGUACAUACUCUAUUUUAUUAUCUGAAGGGGAUCAAUCAUCCAAACAUCCUGUGAUUAUCUGUUUAUUCUGGAGAAGUGGAAAAGUACUGUGAGUGGACUGAGAGAAAACGGUUGAGAUAAAGAAGCACCUGGUCUGCGAGGCAUGACCAAGGCUGUCAGGACAGGACAGCUCCAGGCAAUUCAAGGACAAAAAGCACAUUCCGCAGUCACGCGCUAAGCAGCCGCUUCCUCAACGGUCCACUCCCGGAACUACCUGUGACUAAUAUCGAAACUUAACUUACCACGUCCAUCUAUGUGUUACCAUGCCCAUCUAUGUCAAUAAAAAGAAGCAGGAGAGUGUGGCACGGAUUCUCUCUCCUUGCGCAAGAAAAUCUCAAGCCUUCCAGUCUGGGUCAUUUUGUUAAUUCACAGGUUGGGGGCAAGUUCCCCUGACACUCUUGUCAUCCAGCCUGUGUUGCACAGAGAGAUGAGGAAAUGGAACAAUAUGCACAUGUCAAUUUAUGGAGGCGUCCAAAUUAUUGACCUCGCUCUUUUCUAUUGUUCGAUUCAUCGUUUUAUCCAUUAUGGUGACAAGCCUAGCGAAGGAAAAGAAGGGCAAAAUGGGAGGGUUGACAGAAGGGAUGAGAAAGCGAUGAAGCGUUUCUUUCGUCAUGCAUUUACUGUGUAAUCAACUAGAGUUCACGAGAGGCUUGCCGCCGGAGCACACCUCCUCAACCCGGUGUGCGUGCACCGCCGUUGAAGCCUGCAUCCAGCCUUUGCCUUUAGCGGGGGGGUCUCAAACUCAGUUUACCCGGGGGCCACUGGAGGUAGUCUGGGUGAGGCUGGGCCUCAGCAAGUAUUGGGAGUAAGGCUCACGAUAACGAUCAUAUCUAUAACGAUAUCGCGUAUGCUGCAGGAAACACGUCCAACAUGUUAGCUCACUUAAAGCGGCAUCAUUCGGCAGUGAACGUUACAGCUACAAGAAAGAAUACCUUAGUUAGCUUAGUGCUAACACCGAUAACGUCGGCAUAUAAACAACCUCUAGCAAACAAAUCUGACCGGGCCAAAGCAGUAACACGUGGUAUUGGAGUUUGUAUAGCCACGAGAUUACGACCACGUUCAGUUGUUGAGAGCGCUGGCUUUAAGGACAGUCAUGGAACAAAUGAUUAGACCACCCUCGUUUCUCCAGUUUCAUUUUCAUUUUAAUGCCUGAUACAACUACAGGUACCUUUGUUUGGACAAAUAUAACAAUAACAACAAAAAAUAGCUCAUAACCGUUCGAUUUUUUGGCAGUACAAUGCUGUAGCUAUUCAUGUUAGCAAUUUGGUUAUUAUCAAGAAAAGCAUGGAAGUUGCCGGAUAUCAGCUCUUAAAUUAAACUCUUAUGAGUUAUAUUUGUUAUCAUCAUAUUUGUCCAAACAAAUGUACCUUUAGUUGUACCAGGCAUUACAAUGGAUCAAUAAACUGAGGAAACAAGGCUGGUCUAAUCAUUUUUUCCAUGACUGUACAUGAUUACAGUUCUUGUACCUCGCUACAAAAUACCAUCACGUCCUCACUUUAGCCAGAAAGUUAUACCAGCACUUUAUGAAAAAGCUAAUUAAUUGUCCAUAGGUAUGAAUGAGAGUGUGAAUGGUUGUUUGUCUAAAUGUGCCCUGCCAUUGGCUGGCGACCAGUCCAGGGUGUACCCCGCCUGUCGCCCCAAGUCAGCUGGGAUGGGCUCCAGCAUGCCCCAGCUACCCUAUUGAGGAUAAGCGGUAUAGAAAAUGGAUGGAUGGACAGAUGGUUGGACUUCACGUGCAACGGACAGAUUUAACUAACUGUCCAUUACAUUUCACUAAGUCUAAUUGGUCGCUUUUAUUUAUUUUAAAAAAUGUGUUUGCAUUUUUUUAAAUAAAAGCACUUUAAGACAUUUUUUCUGCCUUUUUUUGUGCCGAAAAUGACCCACUUCAAGAAACUGAACCGAACCAAAAUGACAUAUUAGUGUACCGUUCCACCCCUAGUAUUUACUUACCUGUUACAUGAUGUGCUGUCAUUUCGUGUGUGUGCGUUAGCACCACGAUUGUAGGCAGUGUUCUGUUUCGUGACCCCCAUUUCGCCAUGUGACUCUUAGUUCCGUGGUAGGUUAUGCUUUCACCCUGUGAGCAUCAUUGGCUUAACUUAGAGCUUGCGGGCCGCAUUUUCAUUCUUUCUUACAUUCAAGAUCCAAGAGAGUUUUAUUGUCAUGUGCAUCGUAAAACAGCAGUUAUGCUAUGCAAUGAAAAUCUUAUUCUGUUCAUUCUCCCAAGAAAAGAAAGAAAACACAAAAAAUAAGAACAUAAGAAACAUAAAUACCAAUAAAUUAAGCAACAAAAACAGAAGACACAUUAAUUCAAAUAAAUAAUACAAAUAAAUAAAUAAAUAAAUAAAGUGCUAUGAGUGUGUGCGUGUGUUGCGUGCGGCGUGUGUGAGUGCUUCGUUGAGAAGCCUGAUGGCCUGUGGGUAAAAGCUGUUCGCCAGCCUUGUGGUCCUGGACUUCAAACUCCUAUAGCGUCUGCCUGACGGUAGGAGUGUGAAUAAUGAGUGUUGUGGAUGUGUGCUGUCCUUGAUGAGGUUGUGUGUUCUGCGUAGGACUCUAGUUUUAUAAAUGUCUUGCAGUGAGGGGAGGGCUGCCCCAACAAUGUUCUGUGAGGUCUUGAUCACCCGCUGGAGUGCCUUCCUAUCACGUGUUGUACAGUUACCGUACCAAACAGUGAUGGAGGCGGUAAGGACACUUUCCAUAGUGCAUCUGUAGAAGCAACUCAGGAUUGUGGUGGACAUGCCAAAUUUCCUCAGUCUUCUCAGGAAGUACAGUCUCCUUUGGGACUUCUUCAGAAUUUGUUGGGUGUUGUGAGACCAGGUGAGGUCCUCGCUGAUGUGUGUGCCAAGGAACUUGAAGGUUUUCACCCUCUCCACCUCAGUCUCAUCAAUAAACAGGGGUCUAUGCGGCUCCUUUUCCCUUGUUCUUGGGUCGAUGAUCAUCUCUUUAGUCUUAUCUGUAUUGAGAAGGAGAUUGUUAUCACGACACCAAGCUAUGAGGUCCAUCACCUCUCUUCUGUAUGAUGUUUCAACACCACCAGUGAUCAGGCCGAUGACUGUAGUGUCAUCCGCAAAUUUAAUGAUGCUGGUGUUGUUGUGGGAGGCCACGCAAUUGUAGGUGAAGAGCGUGUAGAGGAGUGGACUCAGCACACACCCCUGUGGGGUCCCAGUGCUCACAAUUCCUGAGCUGGAUGUGCGAUUGUGGACUCUGACUGACUGGGGCCUGCCUGUUAGAAAGUUAAACACCCAGUUACAGAGGGAGAGAGACAGGCCAAGUGUGAGGAGCUUAUCUGUGAGUUUGUGGGGGCUGACUGUAUUAAAAGCAGAGCUAUAGUCUAUAAAUAGCAUUCUGACGUAUGUGUCCUGGCCCUGUAGGUGAGAAAGCGCUGUGUGGAUGGCAGUGUUGACUGCAUCAUCCGUGGACCGGUUCUGGCGGUAUGCAAACUGUAGAGCAGGGGUCACCAACGUGGUGCCCGCGGGCACCAGGUAGCCCCCCACGGCCACAUGAGGUGCCCGCAAGCCUGCUUUUCAUUCAGGUUUUCAGUUAACAACGUGAGAACACUAGAGAGAAAAGUAUUCUGAAACAUAAAAUGUGAGUUGUGGAUACCAGCAUUUUGUGAAUGUUUUGGUAAAACAAGCAUAUUUGAUCUGUUUGGGUUGAAAUAAGGUAUGAAAAUCUUUUCUACAAAAAUGAGUAGCUCGUGGCCUUAUUCAUUUUCUAAAAGUAGCUCUCGCAAGAAAAAACGUUGGUGACCCCUGCUGUAGAGGGUCCACAGUUGCCGGGAUGCUCUUUUUGAUGUGGGUCAUGACUAUUCUUUCAAAGCACUUCAUAACAAUAGGAGUGAGUGCUAUAGGGCGAUAGUCAUUCAAGCAGGUCACGUUGCUCUUCUUGGGUACGGGCACUAUGGUGGUGGACUUAAAGCAGGUCGGUACAGAUGCUUGUGCUGCUUUUCGUGGGUUUGUUUUGUUUAGAACCCUGCGCACAUCAGCUGAUGUCACCAUGAGAGGUGAGUCCUGUGUGCUCCCCAGGUUCAGCCACCCUCUCUGCUCAUCAGGAGUUUGGGUGUCAAAGCGGGCAUAGAACUCAUUCAACUCAUCAGGAAGUGUGGUUUGGCUGGACGUGGCUACGCUACUCUGCUGUCGAUAGUCUGUGAUGUGCUGGAGCCCCACCCACAUGCGCCGAGGGUCUGAGGUGGAAUAGUAGCCCUCCAGCUUCUGUCUGUACUGUCUUUUGGCCUCCCGUAUGGACCUCCUCAGGUCAUAUCUGGCCUUUUUGUAUGUACUUUAUUUAUCCCACAGCGGGGAAAUUUACUUGUUACAGCAGCAAGACAAGUAAAGAGAACAGUGUAAAGAAAGCAUAGUGUCUACAACAUGGUUCAGGUGGUGCAGGUGUUGUAGAGCCUGACAGCGGUCGGUAUGAAGGACCUGCGGAACCUCUCCUUCUUACACCGUGGGUGUAACAGUCUGGUGCUGAAGGAGCUGCUCAGGGAAACAACAGUGUCAUGUAGCGGGUGAGAGGUGUUGUUCAUGAUGGAUGUCAGCUUAGCCAACAUCCUUCUCUCCCCCACUUCCUCCACGGAGUCCAGAGGACCGUCCAGGACAGAGCUAGCUCGCCUGAUCAGUCUAUUGAUCCUGCUCCUGUCCCUGUCCGUGCUGCCCCCUCUCCAGCAGCCCACAGCAUAGAAGAUGGCUGAGGCCUUUUUGUAGUCAUCAGCGGUGCCCAUGACAAAUGCAGUCGAACGAGCACGUAGCUUAGCCCUUACAUCACAGUUCAUCCACUGUUUUUGGUUAGGGUAUUUUCUGUAAUACUUGGUGGUGCUAACAGUCUCUAUGCAUGUGCUAAUGUAGCCAGUAACAGCAGAAGCAUAUUCAUCCAAAUCAACAGUACAAUCUUCCCUCCCCGCUGCAGUUUUAAACACAUCCCAGUUUGUGCAGCCAAAGCAGUCCUGAAGUACUUGAUCAGUUUCUUCAUUCCAUACUUUAACUGCUGUACUUACAGGGGGAGCUUUUUUAAGAAGUUGUCUGUAUGUUGGAUAAAGGAAUAUUGAGAUGUGGUCAGCCUUUCCAAAGUGGGGUCUUGGAACAGCCUUCAAAGCACCUUUCAUGUUGCUGUAGACUUGGUCCAGGAUGUUAUUUUCCCUUGUGGGAAAGCUCACAUGCUGGUAAUAUUUGGGGAGGACAGUCCUGAGGUUACAGUGGUUGAAAUCGCCAGAUAUAAUAAAUACAGCGUCUGGGUGUUUGGUCUCAUGUUUAUCAAUGAUGUCAUGCAGGAGGCCUAGUGCAUUAGCGGUGUUAGCUCGUGGUGGGAUGUAAACAGCAGUUAAAUACACAGCGCUAAACUCACGAGGCAAAUACAAAGGUCUGCAUUUCACCAUCAGCAGCUCAAUGUCCUGCGAGCAGUGCUUUUCCAUCGUCUGUACGUCUGUGCACCACCGUUUGUUUACGUAAACACAGACGCCGCCACCUCUGUGUUUACCAGACGCUAAAGUCCGAUCUCCCCGGUAAGCAGCAAAUGAUUCCGACUGGAUCGCCGAGUCCGGUAUAUCCUCCGUCAGCCAGGUUUCUGUGAAGGUGAGGACACAGCAUUCCCUGAUCUCACGUUGAGCUGUAAUCCUUGCUCGUAGUUCGUCCAUCUUGUUUUCGAGGGAGCGGACGUUGGCUAGCAGCAGGCUUGGUAGCGGUGGCCUAGUCGCUUUAGCUUUUAGCCUAGCAUGCAGGCCGGCCCGCUUGCCUCGUUUACGCCUCGGAUGCUUUGCUCGCCGGGUAUUCAGCUCACCGGGCCCGCAGGCUGCUGCGUUCUCCCGGCACAGAAGAAAGGCAAAGUCUGAGAGGCUAAAUGAAGGUUCAUGGUGAACCCUGCCGAUGUUCAAAAGUGUCUCUCUGUUGUAAUGUACUGCGUGAGUGUGUUGAAUGUCCAAAAUGAACAAUAAAAUAGCAAAAAAUAGAAAAACACGGGAGAGUGUCACAGAGACGCCUGCCACGGAGGGCGCCAUCUUUGAAAUCAUCAACAUUCUUACAUUUACAGUAGUCUUUCCUGUCAAGUCACGGGCCGGAAAAUCUGACUUGGCGGGCCGCAAAUGACCCGCGGGCCGUGAGUUUGAGACCCCUGUUCUGAAGGUAUGCGUUGCAUUUAACUUUGAUACUACGUAGAUCCUUAUAACAAAUACCUUGUGAACACUAAAAUGGACUUGUUAUGCAUUGUAAUUUCACACCAUAGAGGUAGGAAAAACCUUAAACUGGAGGGAAAUUUUGAGAUUUGGGUCUAGUAAACUUACUCUUUUUCAAUUGAAUUUUUGUUAAUUCGUGUUAAUUUUUAUGUUAAUUUUUAUACCGAACCACAACAAAUGUAGUAAAUGAAGAUACAUGUAUGUGUAUGCGUGUGCUUUUUUGGGUGAAGCAAGAUGGCCGACAAUGGCUUCAUGGGGUCAGCCGUGACGCCCCUUCCAAUAGAAUAGAGUUCAGUGCGUUGGACGUACUGCCCGGCCGAGGUCCCGCCCUCGAGAGCCAUAUACCUCACCGUGAUUGGUUCGUUCAGCUCCGCACACGACAAGUGUCAUUCGUAUCGAACUUGCGGGCCACACUAACAACAAUCUUUCAUAUUAAGACACGGGCCACCAACUAUCGUCCCGGGGGCUGCAGUUGGCCCGGGGGCGCGAGUCUGAGACUAGAUUGAUCAUUAAAAUUACAUUUAUUUCUGAAAGCUAUCAUAUUUUUCUUUUUUUUUCCUGUAAAUCCUGUAAACAAAAAAAUAUAUAAUGAACGACAAAAAUUCUAUAAAACCGAAAAAAAAUCAACUUUUACUUCACUGCCUGGCAGUCCAACGCCUUCCCGCCUUCACUCGCUCGCUCAUUCAUUCAUUCAUUCCUCGACUCAGCUCGGCGGAGGAGAAGCCGUGAAGCCGCUGACUCCGCUCGGCGCCGCCGCUUCUCCGCCGAUCUUUGUUAAGAAAUGAAGGAGGUGCUGUGAUCUGUGGUCCAGCCUAUGUCUGUCUGUAGUGAUCUCGAUCAUCAACACACCUUUACAGUACAUUGCUUAAUGGAUGUCUAUGGAGCUUCCUGUCCCCCUCCUCCUAUCCCCCUCCAGUGUUUCCGGUUUUCUUCAUUCAUAUUUCAUAUUCAUAUUCCUUCUUCCCUGUUUCUGUAAUCCCUGGAGAAGUUACGCUUUCUCCAUAUUCCACUUUUCAGAAAGAACUGUUAACACAGACAUUGGAAUGUGAAUACAAAUAAUUAGUUUUCUCUCGUCAGCAACUACACGUGCUUUCUUUUCUUUCUUGUGGUUUAUUUAUUGAUUAUCGGUUGAUUUAUUUUCUUAUUCUUAAAAAAAAUAAAUUAAAAAAAUGAAUUGAGAAUAAGAAAAUAUGUCAACUACUCAGUUAAAUACAUUUUAUUUAUUUAUUA